CAACACUACUAUAUAACAAAUAAUUUGAGCCAUGACAGACACAAAGAAAGGAGAUGUGAAACUGGAAGAAGUGAAGAAGAGCCCUAGUAAAGAGACCCUGCAAAAGGAGGGGGUCAAGAAGAGCAAGAGUAAGGACGCAGUAGCGAAAAAGGAUAAAGGAAAGUCCCCUGAAAAACCGGUGAAACCAGAGAUUACAGUAAACAAACCCUCGAUUGUAGUAAACACCCCCUCGAUUGUAGUAAACACACCUUCAACCAAACCAAAAGAAAAGCGGAGCACCAACGGCAUUAAACUCAGUGGUACAGCUGAUGAUACUGACUACGAAAGUAAAAUCAUGAAAUGGGACACUAGCCCGGAUCCAGUUAAUCCUUCCAAAAAAGCCCUUCCUACGGUGAUGGUGGAGACUGUGGAGCACGUGACACCCCAAGCUGCUGGUAGUAAUGGGAACCUUGAAUACUCCAAGAAACGGGAAACCUCACCAAUGGCCGAUAAGAUCAAGAGUGACCUCAAGAACACGGACUUGGGAAAAGUAAACCAGCCAUCUUCCAAAUCAGCUAGCAGUUCAGCGACGCCAAAUAAAGAUCUAAAAGGGAGCAGCACGCCCAACAGUAAAGGUAGCAGUAUACUGGAUCAACUAGCCGCCAUGUCCAACACAGACGACAAGAAGACGCUCUCUCCUAGCCUACUCAGACUCUACAUCGACGAGAUGGAUCAGAAUGGUCAGGUGUGUAUCAGGGACUUCCUCCGUCAUCUUAAGAGAACAGGGCUGCAGCCCUUUAGGGAUCCACGUCUCACCGACCUCAUGAACAACUUGUCUAACGAUCCGUCUGGAGUCCUAACCAUCAACAGUGAAAUUGGUUGUAAGAAGUAUAUGGAUGUGGAGAGUUUUAUUGAAGCCACCUCUCCUGUUGCCUACAUUCUCAACAAAGCACUCAGUUCCAAUCUCAUUAUCCCCGAGUUCUCAGACUUUUGCAAGGAGAUUGCAGCUAUUUACAAGACACUGCUGCCUAUUAAAGGAGGCCUCAACGCUCAGUACAUUCCGCAGCUCGCUCGAGUCAACCCUGAUUUUCUUGGUAUCUCUAUCUGUACAGUGGACGGUCAAAGGUUUAACAUAGGAGACACUGAUAUCCCCUUCUGCAUCCAGUCAUGCAGCAAAGCUCUGAACUAUGCUAUAUGUGUGGCUGAGUUGGGUCCUAAGAAGGUCCAUCAGCAUCUGGGGAAGGAGCCCAGUGGUAUUGGUUUCAACCAAAUAUCGCUCGAUAAGAACGGUCUUCCUCACAACCCUAUGAUCAACCCGGGGGCUAUAUCUUGCUGCAGUGUACUUAAGAAUGGAAUGAGUCUUGACGACAGAUUUGACUUCGCCAUCGGCGAGUACAAGAAAAUGGCAGGAAAUGAGUUUGUUGGGUUCAGCAAUGCUACCUUUUUGUCUGAGAAGUCUUGUGCUGAUCAGAACUUUGCUAUCGGAUACUUCCUCAAGGAACACGGUGUCUUCCCACCAGGCACUGAGUUGAAGCAGACACUAGAUCUUUACUUCCAGCUAUGCUCGGUGGAGGCCACAGCUGAGUCCGCUGCUGUCAUUGCUGCUACUCUAGCUAACGGUGGAGUUUGUCCAACAACUCAAGCUUCCUGCAUAACUCCGGACGCUGUACGGAACACUUUGUCUCUCAUGUACUCCUGUGGUCUGUACGACUACUCGGGAGAGUGGGCCUUUGAAGUGGGACUCCCUGGAAAAUCUGGUGUUGCAGGUUCUAUUUUCAUUGUGGUCCCCAAUUUAAUGGGUAUCUGUGUGUGGUCGCCUCCUCUAGACUCCCUUGGUAACAGCUACAGGGGUAUUCAGUUCGCUAAGAUGCUCUGUCAAAGAUUCAGCUUCCAUCAGUACGACUGCAUUAGUGGAGGAGCAAGCAACAAGAUAGACCCAAGACGCUACCAGACCAGUGAGACUAAAGAGUCUCAGAUCGUCAACAUGCUGUUUGCAGCUUCAGCUUCUGACUCUGUGCUUCUCCAAAAGUACCUUCAGACGGGAGUAGAUUUCAACAUGCCUGACUACGACGGAAGGACUGCACUCCAUUUGGCGGUGUGUGGUGGUAACAUGGCGGUAGUGAGGUUCCUGGUUGACAAGGCUAAGUGUAAUGUUAACCCCCUUGACAGGUGGAACUCUACCCCUCUUGAUGAUGGGUACAAGUACGAACAAGACGAGAUCAUUCGUUUCCUGGAGAAGAAAGGAGGUGUAAAAGGAGAAGUUCUCAUCAAGGCGGCCUCUGAACAGUACUGAUGAUUGUAUGAAGCGAGGUUGUUUUUUGGGAGUUGUCGGCAUUGCAUUGACGAACAUUUUACGUGGCUCAUAACUUGCUAUUUAUCACAAAGUGCUCGAACAUACUACCGUAAAAUACGGCCAUAGAAAUAAAUGAAAUUUGUAGUUAUAAUUGUGCUGUGUGCACUUAAUACCUUAGCGGACGUAAAUUGACUGGACAUUAAAAUAUGAACGCUUAAGGCAAAUCAGAAAUUUUCCAUAUAAUGUCCGUUCAAAUAAAGUUCGAUUAGGUAGGUGAAUAUGAGUAAAUAUACGGCAGGUAAACCUAUUUUAAGGUUGAUACAUUGAAACAUGUUAUGACUACUGACCAACAGUAUUUUAUAGCCUACUACGUUUUAUUUUAAGCAUGACCAAAAGCAUGCGCGGACAUAAUUCUGCACGGACAUUGAAAUAUGAACGCUAGAAGGCAAAUCAGAAAUUUUCCAUAUAAUGUCCGUUCAAAUAAAGUCCGAUUAGUUAGGUGAAUAUGAGUAAAUACGGCAGGUAGACCUAUUUUAAGGGGGUAUACACCAAAAUUGGUCAACCCAAAUGACCUCACAGGAAGUUCAGUGACCUGCAUCUAGCGCACCAAUUCCAACCCAAAAAAUUUGCAGUUAUUUUGCACCCUUCCAAAAGUCUCUAGCACAUUCCUAUGUUUUGACAUUUGCACUUUGACUAGGAAAUGGUCGAUUACAGAAAUGAGUGUUCUCGAAAUCAAAUUGUUUGGGUUGGCAUCGGUGCAAUUUUAGUUGGUCGACACAAACCCCUGUUUUUGUGUAUGCCUGCUUAAGGUUGAUGCAUUGAAACGUGUAAUGACUACUGACUAACAGUAUUUUUUAACCUACUACGUUUUAUUUUAAGCAUGACCAAAUACAUAAAUGUAUUGUAUUCUAUUACAUAUUAGUAAUAUGAUAUUCGUUAAAUUCAUACAUUCAAGAUCAAAGUAUGAGGUAGACUCAGACACGUUCACAUUUUUAUUUAGAUUUUUACACAAAUUUACGUCAUAUAAGCUAGCUCCCAAAUGUAUUAGAUAAUCUUGAAUGUAGAACUGCACGAAUUAUCUAGAACUGGUUAAAUAAGCUAUAGAAUAACGUGACUGCAGCAUUUAAUAUUAAGUUAAUUGUGUCAUGGACAUGAUAUGUGAUUAUGAAUUUCAGAGAUUUCUGGUAAUAUUUCAUAAUUCAAAUUAUAUAAUUUUGUUCAAUUUCAUAUUCAGCUUUCACCAAUAGAUAAUAUAUAACGUUUUGAUGUGAUCUUUGUAUAAGGUUCUCUAAAUUGAGUUUUAAAAAGAA